AUGGCCUCCAACUCCAAGAUCUUCCGCGCCGUCGUCAUCGCGGCCGUCGCCGCGUCUUCCUUCGCCGGGGUCGCUCUGGCCGCCGACGAGCCCGCGCCGAGCCCGACGUCCGGUGCCGCAGCUGUCUCCUCGUCGCUCCUCGCCGCCGUGCUCUGCCCGGCCGUGGCCUUCCUCGUUGGCAGCAUGCGCCACUGA